CUUUUCUUUCAAGAGUAGGGUCGUACAGAUCCGCCAUUUCAGGCGAGGGCAGGCGCUUUGUUAGCUCUAGAAUUACGAAAGAGCGAUAACUGCAAGUAUCGGUGCAUCAAGUACUGACUUUAAAUGACAGACUUCCAGAUCUUGGGGGAUAGAUUUAGGUGUUGAAACUAUUUUAAGCAAUUUGCCAGAAUUUAAUGUUUAAACUAGCCGUUUUCAAUACGGGAUUAUCUAAUCAGAGUUGCUGCCUGAGCUAGUCGUACAGUGUUGUUGCUCGUAGCCAGAUCCAGUGGUAGCUAGCGCGUUUUGUUUAGCUCCAAAUUUAUUUUGGGCUCAACCGCGGUCUCUGACCUUUUAUCACAUUUCCAUUAGUUUAUAUUAAGUAAACUACACAAGCAACGCUGACGACCACCGUUCGAGAGUCCAAGACCGAAGGGGAGAUGGCUAGCUCCGUGGGAAACGUGGCCGACAGCACAGAACCCGACAAACGUAUGCUUUCCUUCCAAGGGUUGGCGGAGCUGGCCCAUCGCGAGUACCAGUCGGGCGACUUCGAGGCCGCCGAGCGCCACUGCAUGCAGCUGUGGCGGCAGGAGCCUGACAACACUGGCGUGCUGCUGCUGCUCUCGUCCAUCCACUUCCAGUGCCGACGGCUGGACAGGUCGGCCCACUUCAGCACCCUGGCCAUAAAGCAGAAUCCGAUGCUGGCGGAGGCCUACUCCAACCUGGGGAACGUGUACAAGGAGCGCGGGCAGCUCCAGGAGGCCAUCGAGCACUACCGCCACGCGCUGCGACUCAAGCCCGACUUCAUCGAUGGCUACAUCAACCUGGCCGCCGCGCUGGUCGCCGCCGGAGACAUGGAGGGUGCUGUGCAGGCCUACGUCUCGGCUCUGCAGUAUAACCCUGUGAGUGCUGGAGAUCUGUAUUGUGUGCGCAGUGACCUUGGUAACCUGUUGAAGGCUCUUGGUCGUUUGGAGGAGGCUAAGGCUUGCUAUCUGAAGGCUAUCGAGACCCAGCCCAACUUUGCCGUGGCCUGGAGUAACCUGGGCUGUGUGUUCAACGCCCAGGGAGAGAUCUGGCUGGCUAUACAUCACUUUGAGAAGGCUGUAACUCUUGAUCCAAACUUCUUGGAUGCCUACAUUAAUUUGGGAAAUGUCCUGAAAGAGGCUCGCAUCUUUGACCGAGCCGUGGCGGGCUACCUGCGCGCCCUGAGCCUGAGCCCCAACCACGCGGUCGUCCAUGGCAACCUGGCUUGUGUGUACUACGAGCAGGGUCUGAUCGACCUGGCCAUUGACACAUACCGCCGGGCCAUUGAGCUGCAGCCACACUUCCCAGAUGCCUACUGUAACCUGGCCAACGCUCUGAAGGAGAAGGGCAAUGUGUCUGAAGCAGAGGAGUGCUACAACACAGCCCUCCGGUUGUGCCCCACCCAUGCCGACUCCCUCAAUAAUCUGGCCAACAUCAAGCGUGAGCAGGGCAACAUCGAGGAGGCGGUGCAGCUCUACAGGAAGGCCCUGGAGGUGUUCCCUGAGUUUGCUGCGGCCCACUCCAACCUGGCCAGUGUCCUCCAGCAGCAGGGUAAGCUGCAGGAGGCUCUGAUGCACUACAAAGAGGCCAUCAGGAUCAGCCCUACGUUUGCGGACGCCUACUCCAACAUGGGCAACACUCUGAAGGAGAUGCAGGAUGUGCAGGGAGCGCUGCAGUGCUACACGCGCGCCAUUCAGAUCAACCCCGCCUUCGCUGACGCACACAGCAACCUGGCCUCCAUCCACAAGGACUCUGGUAACAUCCCAGAAGCCAUUGCGUCGUACCGCACGGCGCUGAAGCUGAAGCCUGAUUUCCCUGACGCCUACUGCAACCUCGCGCACUGCCUACAGAUUGUGUGCGACUGGACCGAUUACGACGAGCGCAUGAAGAAGCUGGUGAGCAUCGUGGCGGAUCAGCUGGACAAGAACCGCCUGCCCUCUGUGCAUCCCCACCACAGCAUGCUCUACCCCCUCUCCCACGGCUUCCGCAAGGCCAUCGCCGAACGCCACGGCAACCUCUGCCUCGACAAGAUUAACGCUCUGCACAAGCCGUGCUAUGAGCACCCCAAGGACCUGAAGGCCAGCGGCGGCCGCCUGAGGAUCGGCUACGUCAGCUCAGACUUCGGCAACCACCCCACCUCCCACCUCAUGCAGUCCAUCCCUGGCAUGCACAACUCUGAGAAGUUUGAGGUCUUCUGCUAUGCCCUGAGCCCUGAUGACAGCACCAACUUUAGAGUCAAAGUGAUGGCUGAGUCUCAUCACUUCACAGACCUGUCCCAGAUCCCAUGCAAUGGUAAAGCAGCUGAUCGCAUCCAUCAGGAUGGAAUCCACAUCCUGGUCAACAUGAAUGGCUACACCAAAGGAGCCCGGAACGAACUCUUCGCCAUGCGACCAGCUCCCAUCCAGACCAUGUGGUUGGGCUACCCAGGCACCAGCGGGGCCCCCUUCAUGGACUACAUCGUCUCAGACAAGUUUACGUCUCCACUGGAGGUAGAUGAGCAGUACUCGGAGAAGCUGGCCUACAUGCCCAACACCUUCUUCAUCGGAGACCAUGCCAACAUGUUCCCACACCUCAAGAAAAAGGCUGUCAUUGACUUCAAGUCCAACGGCCACAUCUUUGACAACCGCAUUGUACUGAACGGCAUCGACCUGAAGGCCUUCUUGGACAGCCUGCCCGAUGUCAAAGUCGUCAAGAUGGAGUGUGAUGGACAGGAGGUGGUUGAGAGUAACAUCGCCCUCUCCAUGCCAGUCAUCCCCAUGAACACAGCAGCCGAGGCCAUCAUCAACAUGAUCAACCAGGGCCAGAUUCAGGUCACCAUCAACGGCUUCACCGUCAGCAACGGCCUGGCCACCACACAGGUAACCCCAUCCACCACACACACACACACACACACACGCACACGCACACACACACCCACCCAUCUACCUCUCUGUCCUCAGUGUCUUAUAACUAGGGAUGGGUAUCGUUUGGUUUUUAUCCGAUACCGGUACAUAACCGAUACUUUUAAAACGAUACCGGUGCCUAAACGGUGCCGGAACCAAUACUUUUAUAAAAAAUAAAAUAA